UUUGUCAUUCCCCCCAAAUCUCUCGCCCAUCCUACCAUUAAUGCCACAAACACAACUCACAUCUCACGGCUCCAUAAAGCCCAUUUGAACCCACAUUCCUCACCAAGCAUCUAAGAAAAACCAGAGAUCGAUGGGAAAGAAAAUGAAGCUCCCCUUUCUUUACAAAAACACUCAUGAGACAAGAUCGACAUGGCCUUGGCCUUCUUGUAACCAACCUAGAACCCUUUCUUUCCGAACCAGCAAUGUCGACGUUUACAAUACCAUGAACUCAAUCUACCUAGAUACCCGCAUUGAUGUGUUAGAGACAACUGAGUCAUCCGAGUCCGCGAGCUUCACAACGAUCGGGGAAGACGGCGCCGGAAUAGACCCGAUAGAGACAAUGAUUCGAGGGCUGCGGUCGGAGAGGCUGUUUUUCAAGCCCGGAGAGACGAGUUCGAUCUUGGAAGAGGCAAACAAAGGGUUGUUUCCAUUCAAGGACAGCGUGAUAGUGUCAAUGGAGUCCCAGCACCCUUACGUGGAUUUUCGGAAGUCCAUGGAAGAGAUGGUGGAGGCUCAGGGGGUGAAAGAAUGGGAAGGUUUUGAAGAGCUCUUGUGCUGGUAUUUGAGGGCAAAUGGGAAGAACAAUCAUGGGUACAUUGUUGGAGCUUUUGUUGAUUUGUUGGUUGGUCUUGCAUUUGCUUCGUCUUCGUCUUGUUCUUGUUCUCAUUCUCCUCCUUCUCCUUUUUCUUCUUUAUCUUCCUCUUCCACUCGGUGCAUAUCCUCAACAGAAGCUGAGGAAUAUAGUGAUACUGCUCCUUGUUUAUCUUCAUCAUUAGAAGGUCAGAAGGGGAUAAUAAAAAGGUGGUAGUUCAUCUUUAACCAUCUAAUCUAAUGGAAAAAUAUGCAUACCAGUACGUUUGACAAAUGAUAGUGAAACGUUCUUCU